AUGGACGCCGACGACAUUGGCGCCAGCUCGACACAGCCCAACUCGUCAAGAAGCACCAUGACUGACACCACUCUGAAUGGAGACGUUCCGAUGAUGGACACUACUGCGACUGCAACUGACGAUCCACUCUACCUCUUCGGUCGCAAAGGCCGCGAAUUGAUCCAGGCAGUGCAGAAGCUGCAAUGCUUGGGCAUCGAUACGACCUUGCCUUCACUACCAAAGGUCGUCGUUAUUGGCGACCAAUCUGCUGGCAAAUCCUCCAUUAUCGAAGCGAUCAGCGAUAUCACGUUGCCGCGCAGUGAGGGGACUUGUACCCGCUGCCCAUUCAGAAUAACAACGCACGCGUCUCAGGAAGGCGACCCGGAAUGGAGCUGCACGAUCUCGUUGCAAUGUGAAUCCUACCGUCUGCCAGGGGUCGCCAACGGCCAGAGCGAGUUCGACGGUUGGGCUAAAUACGGCCAGAUGGACAUUGUGCAUUUUGCCAAAAUUACAAGCAAGACCGAUCUCGAACUUACACUUCGACGAGCACAGGCUGCAAUGCUCAACCCGUCUAAGAGCUGGCGUCACUUCAACGAGCUAUCCGCAGAUGAGCUCGACAAUACCAAAUAUCAAGUCGACUUCUCGCCAAACGUCAUCUCUCUGGAGAUCACGGCUCCUAAAUUGCUUGAGCUGUCGUUCUACGACCUCCCAGGCGCCAUCAAUGUCAUGCUUGACGAGGCGCAGGACUAUAUUUCGGAAUUUGUGGAGACUCUCUUGAAGUUGUAUUUAAACGAUGAUCAAGCUUUGGUGGUCAUCGCUUGCCCUGCUAAUCAGGACGUGGAAACCGGCACAGCAAUGAAAUACCUGCGCAAGUGCAAGGCCGCUGGCCGGGCAAUUGGCGUUCUCACAAAGCCAGACCUCGUCGACAUCACGCCGACUCGCCUAGCGAGUUUUGAGAAAAUGCUUUCUGGCAAUGGGUUUCGUCUGGAUGGCGGCUGGUUCAUGUGCAGACAGCUAUCGCAGAGACAGCUAGACCAAGCCGCACGCCCGACGUACGAUGAAGCACGGGCUCAGGAAACCAACUUCUUCUCAUCAGAUCCAUGGACUACGCGACUUGCAGCCUACCAAGACAGAUUCGGAAUAGCAAAUUUCCAGAAGGCUGUUGCAAAGAGACAUAUCCAGCGCAUACUGGAUAGUCUUCCAACCAUAGAGCACCGCCUUCGGGAGAGACUGAACGAAGUCGAGAAGGAGCUCAUGCGUUAUCCAGAAAAGCCCGUGCAGCCGGGUCUCGAAAUCAUGGCCGACAUCAGGAACGUCGUCAAUGCAAUCAUGGCAAAGUGCAGCGCUGAGUCAAAAGAGUCAGCAUUCCGAGCAAAUCAAAUCGCCAACAACAAGAGCCUGGCGAAGCAGCUUCAAAAUGCGGCUCCCACAGUGAUUCUCUCAACUCCGGGAUAUGAAAAGCCUCCCAUUCCUGUAGACGACGACUCAGAGGAAAUGGAUGAGACGCCGUCAAAGCGCUCAAGGAUGAAUAAUGGCCGGGCCAGCAGCGUGACACCCCUGCGAACUGCAUCGAACGCUAGAGGUACGCCUUUUCGCACUCCACUGGCGCCUGGCGGAAAGCGAAAGACUGUACAACCUCCACCACAGACUCCAGGAUUCAAGACGGUCUUUCGCUUGGACGAUGUCAAAAAGCGCUUCGAUCGCACGCCAAGUGCAAGCUUGCCGGAUGGCGUGGACGCUAGAAUUACCCAUGAUCUGGCGAAGGAAGCCACUAGCUGUUUCAGCAACCUAACGCAACGAGCCUUGGACAAAUUUGAGACUCUCGCAAUUCAAAUGCUGGACGAUAGUGUCGCGGAGUCGAUUGCGAAGCGGCAAGGGACCGAGCUGUUCAAUGCAGUAUCCUCCAUUCUGCGCGCUUUGUUGGCCGAGCUGUUUCAGAAAGAGGUGGACAAUCUACACCAUCACAUCUGCUGUCUUACGCAUAGGCCAAUCUCAUACGGCAAAGAUUGGUGGACAGAGACCAGAGAGGCGCACCAUACGAAGCUUCGGGAAGGCCGCGACGUACAGCGUGUUCUGGAGUACUUCGAAACUCUGGAGUCUCAGAGAAUAAAGGUUCCAGCAGCUAUCGAAGACCGCAAGAAAAAGGCCUUGGAUGCCGCUUGGGUGAAGGCUACCAUUGACUCCCCUUCAUAUGCUAGGGAGUUGAAAGAGCUCGCGAUUCCCCUAACCUUCUACGAUCUGGCUUCCGGACAACUCGUCGACACUGUUGCUCGCCAUCUCGACUACUUGAUUUACCAAAUCCAGUCCAGAGUAGAUCGAGAGCUGAGCGUCGGUCUUAGACCAGAUGAGCCUGAGCGUGCAGCUAUGCUUUUGGUCGAGGAUCCUCAGCGCGAACUCAAGCGCAACGAGUUGGAGUCUGAGAAGAACAGACUCGAAGAGGCACUCGACGAGCUCAAGGUCCUGUCGACCACAGAGACUUGAUCAUCUUCAUCAGUCGCAGACACAUCGAAGAUUGCUCUUGGGAAAUUGCGAAUGGGUAACGUGAGAAUUGGUGCAAGGAAGAAGGAUAGAUUUGCGGCGAUCACACAUUGCGGGCAAAUACACUACAUGGAGAGCGACAAACAACGCAAGACUUGCUGCGACUUGCAGCAAUUGAGAGAGCUUUCGCUGAGCG